AUGCCCGCUCGCCGUCCUCCCGCCCGCCGAGGGCUGCCCGACCACCACCCACUGCCCGUCUCACCAGAUGAUCCUCGGUCAAAGGAGUCCAUCGCCAUGGAACGAUCCAGCAAGCCGGCAGAUCUCGCCCUCGUCUCCAAGUACUACCCCGUCGCCAACUACUCGUACCCGCGCAGCAACGACCAUGGCGCCCCCCCGUGCGCCGCGACCGAGUCUUCGGGUCGCUCUGAUCGAUCCUCCUUGGGCUCCAACGCCUCCGCUCCGGGCCUGGUAGAUGACCGCACCGACUCGGACGAAACCGAGUCCGUGGACGACGAUGAUCAAUAUCACGCACACGUCUCCCGCCUGUGGGACAGUUUCUGGUCCCGGGAGGUGCCGAGGAAGUCGAUGGGAGAGGAGCCCCUGAUGGAGCUGAACCUGAGGAAGCAGUAUCCCGCUUUGAUCCCUUCGCCUCGCCGUCGGAGGCGCCAACCGUCCCCGGCCGCGCCUGAGCGGACAGCCUCCUGGCCCUUGCCGGAUCCUGAUUCCCCAGCCGAGCGCAACAGGCAGCCCGCCGCGGCCUUUCCUUCUCCUCCCACCGAGCCUGUCGUUCGAUACUCGGCCUUCCCGAAACCCACCCAGGCGCCCAAGGUCCCCUGCAUGCUUUCUGCAAGGACCAUCGGAUCGGGUCCUUCAUCGAUAAAUACACCUCCUCCUCCUGCAUCCGUUCGGCAGCCAGCAAUUUCGCCCACCUUCGCCGCCGAGGAAUACUUGCCCAAGCCAUCCUUUGCCAUGAACUGGCGCCGCUCCUCCCCCAUCGCGAGGCCGACCUCGCGCCCUGUUGCUGCGAACCGUAUCCGGCCGAUGACAGCAUCGGGGGGUAUCCGCUGUGUCGAAUCUCUCUCCUCCACCCACCUGCCCCUGGACAAGGUUCAUCAGAGCCCCAACGGUCGCGGCCCGCGCUCUUCCAAGUCCAUCGCGAACCUCGUCCCUCCGCCACCAUCGCCCCCUGAGGAGCCUCACUCCGUCUUCGAGGACGACUCGGACAGCGAGACGGACAAGAAACACAAAAGCACAAGCAAUGCCAAUAACAACGGUCACGGCAACGGCCACCACCAUCAUCAUCAUCACCACUCCUUCUUUCGCUUUCACAAGCGAUCUGACAGCGACAACCGCCGCGGUGCCAAGCAUGCCAAGCCUGACUCUCUCCUUCGACAGCGCGCCCUCACGGUACCAUCCUCGCCCCUGUGGUCCCAGAAUGACCGUUCCGGCAAGCAGGAGCCGCCGGCGCGGAAACGGUCAGGCCACGACGUCUUUGGCCGCAUGCUCGGCCGACGAAGCCGGUGA